AUGGUCAGACAAAAAUAUGACCUAAUUAUUUGGAUACGUGUGUGUGCGUUCACUUGCUCCUUCGCUGCUGGCUGUCCGUACCAGGAAUGUUCAUGUGACGGUUAUGAAAUAUCCUGCCAGGACUUAGGCCUCCCUGCCAUUCCACGCCUGACUGGUGCCAGUAGCGGUUUUGAUUCAUUGCUGUUAGGAAGUAAUCACAUCACAACAAUACCAGCUGGAAGUCUACCAUCUGGUCUGUUGUCGUUAUCCUUGUUAGACAACCCCAUAGCAACAAUCGAUGAAAACGCUUUUAACGGAUCUGCUACAACUUUACGCUCCCUCUCGAUUUCGAGAGCCAACUUUUCACGAAUCCCGGAUGCAUUUGGUCAUUUACAAAACUUGAAAUAUUUCGAUUUUUACGACACAAACAUUGUUAAUUGGAAUGAUGACGUCAUGAAGAAACUUGGUCAAACAAUGAUCAAUCUUGAUCUGGAAAAAGUUGGCUUGAAGAUGUGGCCCCACUGGUUGAACAACUAUUCCAGCUUGAAUGAUUUAACUGUGGACUUCAAUCAAAUUUCCUCACUUCCAGACGAUGCGCUAAACAAAAUGAUCUUUAACUUGACAGGUCUGUCUAUUAGCAACGCAAGUCUGACAUCAGUGCCGAGAGCGAUUUCAAAACUUGUAAAUUUAGAAUCUCUACACCUAUACGCAAAUAAAAUAUCCAACCUCACAUGGCUUCCUCCGCCAAAAAAGCUGACCACUUUGUCGUUAAACAACAACCUUAUAUCGGAUGCUAAACAUCUCAGCGAUAUGCUACGUCCCUUUAAUGAAACUUUAGCAUCGUUGGAAAUUGACAGAAAUAUGUUGACAGCCAUUCCAGAUUUCUCCUUUCUGAAUCAAGUUUCAAGCCUGGACUUCUCCUUCAACAGGAUUUCCGAUCCAACAUCGGGAGCAUUGUCUAACGAACUUUACGAUUUUGACUUGAGCAAUAAUUGUCUGCCAUCGAUUCCUACUGUAUGGAGGAGUCUUGUGUCUUCGACUUCCAUGUAUCUUUCACAUAAUUUAAUCAGCCACAUUGAACAAGCUGAUUUUCACGAAUUUCUAAUGGAAAUCAAUCUAUCGUUUAAUAUGCUCACUGAAUUAACAGAUUCGAGUUUUCCAGCUCAUACAAAGCUGUUUGCUUUAUAUUUAAAUAAUAAUCCGAUUGCCACAAUUUCCAAUCAUGCAUUUGACGGCCUUGAUUCGUUGAACACCUUGAACCUCCAGCACACAAGACUGACACGUAUGCCGCUGGCCUUAACCUCUGUACUGACAUUGUACACUUUAGACAUGAGUGAUUCUUCUGAUUUAGUGUGCACUUGUGCGGAGAAAAGCCUGGAGACCUGGAUCAUGACGGUCAAACAAGUUAACGGACAAUGUGGCGAAACAGACAUCAAUGAAUUCUUCGCAACUUUAAGUCCUAUGUGUCCACCAUAA